AAGUGUUUUGUCCAAACAGCUGUGGCUCAAAAAAAGGUAUUUUUGUCUCACUGGAGACACUAGAAAGUGCCAUCUUUUAAAUGAAAUAAAUUCCAGAAUUUGUCCUUCACCUGAAAUCACUCGGUAAUCACAAACCGUUCUGAUUGGUCCAGCUUGAUGGGCGCAGUAAAAUGUAACUCGUAUCACGUGACGACUGCUUGAAUCAGCGCUCUUGACACCUUAAUAAUGAUUUUAAAAAGUUUAAUUGGGAAUGAUUUUGAAAAUACAGAGUGAAAAGUUCUAAUAGAUGAAUUGUCUCAAUGCGUCGUAACUGACUACCAGCUUAUUCCUUUUCUGCGGUAAACACCAGCUGACCACUAGGGGCGACCUCAUCCUUUGACAUGAACACAGCAACACAUUUUAGUGAAACAAUCAUGGCGCCGUCUACGGACAGCAACGUGAAAGGAGAAACCAGUCAGGUUUCAUAUAAGAAAGAUAUAAAUACUAAAACAGAUCGUGUUCUUCAAAACAAGAAACAUGCUAACGACAUAUUCGACGUCACUGAAUAUUUGCAGUCCGAAAAGGAUAAAGAAGUCAUUUUCGCCACCAAUGCUUGCAGUAAGAUUUUCUGUCAGUUGUUCUACAGAGGAGAUCUUUAUGUUGGUGAUCUGCCUGAAGAAGAAGAAGACCUCAUGAAGGGUGAUCGCAGUGCUGAAGAGAAGUACGGUAUAUUCAUGAGACAUCGUUACAACAACUCUGUGGAACUUCUGCUGGAAAAUAUAGGACAUAAAGCUUUCCAAGUGAAGGAGACGUCCCUGUGUGCACUGAUGAAGUUUGUUGCAGCAGAAGGCAAACACCCUCUCCAGAAUCUGGACUUGAGUGAGCACUACAACUUUCCCAGGGAGCUCUUACGGACCCUGGUGGAGCAUCUUCUCUCAGAGAAUGAAGACAUGUCACUGCUCAUCUCCAGAUUUCAAGAGUUUUUGGAGAUGGACGAUGUACGCUACUACGUCAUGAGUUCAGUGCGAGACAACAUUUACAGAGUCAUGGGCCGAAACAAAAAGGCUGUGAUUCCUGUAUAUCAGAAUAAUGUUUUCACACUCCUCUCAACCAUCAACGUACCCAGCAGCGAAGCAUCAAAAAUGAAAAAUUUCCUUGUCAAACAAGAGUACAAACUUGAAGAAUGGAAAGUAGCCAAACUAAAGGAGCAUAAACGAGCUUUUGAGCAAAUGUGGUUGGUGUUUCUCAAGUUCAAGUUACCUAGCAACAUGUACAAGAAGAUCCUGGUCAUCCUUCAUGAAUCCAUAAUGCCACAGAUGAGUGAUCCCACACUUUUGAUUGACUUCCUGAGCGCUGCCUAUGACAUUGGUGGGGCGAUCAGUUUGUUAUCUCUGAAUGGCUUGUUCAUCCUCAUCCAUAAACAUAAUUUGGAUUACCCAGAUUUUUAUAAGAAGCUGUACAGUCUGCUGGAUCCCUCUAUCUUCCAUGUGAAGUACAGAGCACGUUUCUUCCACCUGGUGAACAUCUUCCUCUCUUCAACACAUCUGCCAGCCUACCUUGUGGCCGCGUUUGUGAAGCGUUUCGCUCGCCUGUCUCUCACAGCGCCACCUACAUCUCUCCUCAUCCUUCUGCCAUUCAUCUGUAAUCUCAUUCGCCGGCACCCCUCAUGUAGAGUCCUCAUCCACAGACCCAGCACUGCAGAAGAGCCUUGUGAUGACCCAUAUGUGAUGGAAGAGGAAGAUCCGGCUCAGUCUCAUGCUCUGGAGAGCAGCCUAUGGGAGAUCAAGACUUUGCAGAAGCAUUACCACCCAGAUGUGGCCAAGGCUGCUAUGAAGAUCAACGAGCCGCUUACUGAACAAGAGGAUGAUAUCAGUGAGCUGCUAGAGCUCUCUACAUUUGAGCUAAUGGAGCGAGAACUCAAAGCUGAAAGGAAGACGAUACCGCUAGAGUUUGAUACAGCCACGGAGCUCCUGAAGAGCUCUAGAGAGGUGCUUGGAGUGCACUUUUCUCUAGAGUAACCACUCUUAUUUGCAAAUAUGAUCUUUCCAAAAUGUAUUCUGUGUUAAAAAAAAGUUGUGCAUCAACUGUGGCAGUCCAUUCCCCAGGCUGAAGAAAUAAACAUUUGCACAAAAUGAG